AUGCAAUACGACGCCAUCGUGAUCGGUGCUGGCGUGGUCGGGCCCUGCGUAGCGACCGCUCUAGCGAGACAAGGAAGAAAAGUGCUUAUCAUCGAGAGAGACUGGAGCGAGCCAGACCGAAUCGUCGGAGAGUUGAUGCAGCCUGCUGGACUCAAGGCGCUCAAGGAGUUGGGGAUGAUUCAGGCCGUCAACAACAUCGACGCAGUUUACGUGGACGGCUACUAUAUCAAGUAUCACAAUGAGGUGAUCAAGAUCCAGUACCCAGACAAAGGCGAAUGUGACAAGACCAACCCAGUGAAGCCAGUUCCGGACUGCGUUUUCGACGGGAACGAUAAAUAUGACUCUGAGGACCCAGGGAUGGAUUUGGCUGCUUGGGAAGGCGCCGAGAACGUUAGAGGGGUUGGUUUUAGCAACGGUAAAUUUUUACUGAACCUUCGGGCGAUCGUUAGAGCGGAGAAAAACGUCGACUGGAUUGAAGGAACGGCUACACAACUUGUUAGGGAUAACGAGGAUCCAGAUCGGGUCUUGGGUGUCAAAGUCAAGAGCCUCGGUGGAGAGUUCACCACAUACUUGGCGAAGAUAACAUUUGCAUGUGAUGGUAUCUACUCCAAGUUCCGUAAAGAACACUCGAAAAACAACGUUCCCAGCAUCGGGUCGUAUUUCGUUGGACUACAGUUGAACAACGCCAAACUCCCUGCUCCUCACCAUGGACAUGUCAUUUUGGGAGAUCACGCCCCCGUGCUCAUUUACCAGACAAAUCUGACAGAGACCCGAGUCUUGUGUGCAUACCGUCUGACAAAACCACCAUCGCUGGCCAACGAUACCUUCUACAAGUACUUGAGAGAUGAGGUGUUGCCCUCGUUACCAGAACAGUUGAAGCCCAGCUUCGAGGAGGCCAUGGCCUCGAGGAAGUUCAGGCCAAUGCCUAACCAGUACUUGCCAGCUCCAAAACAGGGGUCUCGCAACAGAGGGUUCAUCAUGCUUGGAGACUCGUUGAACAUGAGACAUCCUCUCACUGGAGGCGGCAUGACGGUGGGGCUCAACGAUGCCGUGUUGCUUACGAAACUUUUGCAUCCAAAGCAAGUGCCUGACUUCGAGGACUACGAUUUGGUUGCAACGAAGUUAAAGCAGUUUCACAGCAAGAGAAAGAGACUCGAUGCUGUGAUCAAUACGCUCUCCAUUGCAUUGUACUCGUUAUUCGCUGCCGACAGCAGGCCUCUCAAGAUCUUGCAGGAGGGAUGUUUCAAGUACUUUUUGCUAGGGGGAGACUGUGUCAAGGGUCCCGUGGGUUUGCUUUCAGGAAUGCUUCCUUUCCCCAUGCUUUUGUUUAAUCACUUCUUCUCUGUGGCGUUUUAUGCAAUAUACUGCAACUACUGCGAGAAGGGUUUCGCUGGGUUCCCUGUUGCCUUCUACGAGUCCUUUGAGGUGUUGCUCACCGCUGCCAUGGUGUUCACGCCAUACUUGUGGGGAGAACUUGUCAACUAG